CGUUCGAUUCUUCAUUUACCAGGAACAACCAAGCGCGCAAAUGGAAGGCGGCGCCGGUGGCGAGUUGUCGGAGCGAUUCCAGAGCCUGGAAGAAGACUAUAUUGACUGCAAGCGCACCAUUAACAACUCCAUCCACGAUCUGUCUUCUUCGGACCAAAGACAUGUGGCGUCGCAAAUGGCACAAGCCAAUAUCGUGGAAGCCCAACGAUGCAUGAAGCUCAUGUCUGUGGAACUUCGAGGGAAGGUCCCCGCGAUGCGCAAAGCGAUGCAAGCCAAGAUCAAUGUCUACCGAGACGAACUGCAAGGACUUCAGAGAGAUUUCGAUCGCGCGCUUUUGCUAUCGAAACAAAAUGCGUCGGCGUCGUCAUCGUCGUCGUCGGCCAACGGCGUUGCGCAGUAUGACCGGUUGAUCGCCAACACGGAUCGCUUGCAGCGUGCAUCCGAUCAACUGGAGCAGUCGAAGCGUAUUGUCCAGGAAACCGAACACAUUGGAAUCUCGGUCAUGGACACGUUGGCCCAGCAGCGGGAAACGUUGCUGUCCGCGCAUGACAAGGUCAAAGACACGCGGGAGACGGCGGGCGACGCGCGGCGCGUGCUCCAGCGCAUGUCACAACGAGUACUGACCCACAAAUUGACGCUGUGGUUUGUGAUCGUCGUGCUCGUGGUGGCGAUUGCGCUCGUGUUUUACCACAACUUUAUUCGCCGCGCCUAAAAAUCCACUGAAUAUAUAUAUAUAUAUAUAUAAAU